UUUAAUGACGUUCUUUACACCAAACGGUCUAAAAGAUCAAAAGUCAAACUUAACCCAUUUGCAAAUUCUUUUCCAUGUUAAAUUCUUGAAGAAACGUUAUCAACAAUAGAUUCACAUAUUCAGUGUAAUUUUACUGCUCCUCUCCUCUAUAAUACAGAUGGAAAAGUGGAUCUCUGGUAUGGAACACAGGUUGCCUAUGUGGCUUGAAAAAACACAGGUGCAAUGGGUGCAAUGGGUUUAUGCACUUUGGCAGCUUAUACGGUGCAAUCAGGUAGCCCUUCUCUUGUUAUCAUAUGUUCCCUUCAUGCUGAGCCAAUACUACAGAAAGAAAGCAGUAGUUGUUGUGGGUAGCAGUAGGGAGUAUUAUAUGCAGAAUGAAGAAAUGCUGGAUUAUUUUGAGGGUGCUCCAGUCAGAUUGAAGAACAUAGAAGAAAUAAGUGCUCAUCGAGAAGAAGAUAAGUCAGAUCUCCCUAACUGGCACAUAGUCAAGUACAAUCAUUAUUAUUACAUAGCACAUAUUAAUGCUCUGUGUGACUUGAAAAAAUGCUCCGAACUUUUCGGUGAAAAUAUUAUCUUUGUAGAAAGGCUUCUAAAAGUAUCUGGGUCAAUUGCAGUGGGCAAGCGGUUAUCUGAGACAGAGGCUUAUGAAAAGAUAUUGUCAAAGCGUUACUUUUGCAGUAGAGGUGCUAAUCUUGUAGUCCCAACAAGCUUUAACUAUGUUGAUUUCAGCAGCAAGUUUUGGGUUGUGAUAAGUAGUCUUCCUAUAUUACUUCAAGCUAAAAGUUAUGUAAAGCUUUCAGGUGUAUUGAGUCUUGUGAUAAUUCUGUUAGAUUUAAAUAGAGGUCGAUUGUACAGGCUUUACGACAGACUUUUUAAUAGCUUUGUUAGAAUUGUUAAACUCAAUGUCUUCAAGGAAAGAACAAACUUGUACGACUUCUUCUUAAUGUUCAGCAACCUCUGGGAAUGCACUGACAGUGUUAAGAAGCAUGCUUAUGUAACUAAACCUGGAGACAGACUAAAAAUAUCCCAAUAUAGUAAAUUGGAAAGGCCAGAUGACAUAGAGAUUGUUGGAUGGGAAAGAUACAAUAGAGAUCCCAAUGAUCAGAAUAUAUUCAUGGAGAUAAACAAAGAUGAGGUGCACUGCAACCUCAUGAGAUAUAAUGGGGUCUAUGCGGUGGUAGAAUUGAGAAGGCCUGUUUACGUUCUCUGAUCAUAAGAGAAAAAGAGCAAGAAGUGGAAGAAAAGCAGGGUAGUUACAUAUGGCUCAAACAAUGUUUGUGUGACAUUGUGUUUGUUAAUGAAGAGAAAGGCACAUGUAGAUUUGGUGAUUAUCAUUUGAAAAACUGAAAUUAGAUUUCAGGAAAAUACAUAAUACAUAUUUGUAACCCUAAGGCUAA